CGAGGAAAGCACGAUGAACCCCUCAAGGUUGGGUCUCGAUGAUGUCGCUGCAGUCCGCGCUGCUGGGGUUUGCGAUCUUCAAGCUUCCCUCCGUCCUCCCGCGCUUCUUCCCCGCAUCCCGCCCCUUGACACCGCAGGAAAACGUCGUGCUUCAGACCACCGCCGUUGCCACUGGUACCAUGCCCCUCGCUGCUGGGCUGGUGGGCAUCAUCCCUGCGCUAGGUAUGAUGACUCCGGAAAUCGACGGACGCGAGCCCAUCGUCCUCAGCUACGUCCACCUUGUCAUCUGGUGUCUCGCUGUCGCAUUCUUCGGCGUCUUCCUCGCCGUUCCCCUCCGUCGCCAGGUGAUCAUCAAGGAGAAGCUUGUGUUCCCAUCGGGCACCGCGACCGCGCAGCUCAUCGCCCUUCUCCAUCGCGCCCCGCCAAUCCAAGGCAUCUCGGCGGCCGCCGUGACUACGCCAGCUGGUGGACGGUAUGAGCGCAUUCGAACGAGCAUGGACGGCGAUGACGAGCCGGACAAGGACGGUGAUGCCAUCUCGGGAGCAGGCUGGCGGGCACUGGGCUGGAGCUUUGCCGCCAGUGGCACCAUCACCGUGCUAUCCUUCAUGUUUCCUGUGACCUUCGCGCUGCCGAUCUUUGACAUCCUGUCCUUGCCGUUUGGCACCAGUCUGGCGGCCAAUUGGAUGUGGUGGUUCACGCCCUCACUCUCGUACAUUGGCCAGGGCAUCAUCAUGGGCUUCCCCGUCACGGUUUCGAUGAACGUGGGCAUGUUUGUGGGGUGGGCCGUGCUCUCCCCACUGGCCAAGAAGAGUGGCUGGGCUCCCGGCCGCGUGAGCAGCAGCACGGACGGCGCGCGCGGCUGGAUCCUCUGGGUCGCGCUCGCGAUCAUGAUUGCCGAGAGCGUCAUCUCCCUCGCGCCCAUUACGGUGCAGUACGCGCGCGGGUUGUGGGAACGCCGAGAGGCGGCUGAGGCGCGCGCUCACGUGUUCACGACUCCGGACUCGCCUGAUGAGGCUGCAGAGCGCGACGGAUACAUGGACAUGCCGGAGGAUGAUGAGCCCGAGAACGAACCUCCUGAGCGCCUCGUGCCCGGCAGCUGGGUCAGCUUCGGGCUUAUGGGAAGCGGCGUCCUCGGCGUCUGGGGCGUGUGGUACGUCUUUGGAUCGGAUGGGAUCCACCCGUGGGCCACGGCACUGGGACUGGUUUUGGCUUCCGUCCUCGCGCUGAUUGGCGUGCGAGCCCUCGGCGAGACGGACAUCAACCCUGUGUCGGGCAUCGGCAAGAUCUCGCAGCUCCUCUUUGCGGUGCUGCAGCCUGGCAACGUCGUGGCAAAUGUGAUCGCUGGCGGCGUGGCCGAGGCUGGUGCCCAGCAGGCGGGAGACCUCAUGCAGGACCUCAAGACUGGACACCUGCUGCGCGCGUCUCCGCGCUCUCAGUUUUACGGACAGAUGAUCGGUUCUCUCGCCUCCGUGUUCGUCAGCACGGCUGGCUACAAGUUCUACACGUCGGUGUACACUAUCCCGGGACCAGAGUUCGCUGUCCCCUCGGCCGGGGUUUGGCUUAACCUCGCACGUCUGCUCAACAACGGCCAUCUGCCCGACCACGUCGUGCCGUUCAUGAUCAUGUUUGGAGGAGCAUUCAGCCUCAUCGCUGUCGCGAAGAUCAUGCUUGCGCGCUCACCCAAUCCUACUAUCGCUGCCGCCGUUAGUACAUUGCCAUCAGGUAUCGCCUUCGCCAUCGGUUUCCUCAACUCGCCAAGCUUCUCCCUCGCUCGCCUCAUCGGUGGCUACAUUGCCUACCGCACCGCGCGGAAUACGCGCACUGGCGAGACCCCACUCUUCGCUAUUGUUGUGGCCAGCGGCUUUGUGCUGGGCGAGGGUGUGCUCAGCAUCUUGAAUCUCACGCUCGCCAGCCGGGGGUAUAAAGCGCUCAGCUGCUUUGGGUGUAAUCUAGGCGGUGGGGGAUACUGCACGGGCGGAUGUUAGAUCUGAUAGUCAUUCUAUGCAUUAGAGCUUGCCCCAGCGGCGCAGGACGCGGUCCUCGACCCCGUCCCCGACCCAAGUGUACAGCCCGUCCGAUAUGGCGAGGUUCUCAACCUCCGCUUUGUACAGCUUCUUGAAAUCUGGCGCAGCAGGGCCAACAGUGGGCGGCCCACCGGCGCCGCUGAGCAUUGCCAUGGCGUUGCUGUCGCGUGCGUCAGUCGCGGCUGCCGUCAGCGUUGCA